ACCCCCUGCACGCUGAGGAUGCUCGGGGGGACCCCGCGAACCCCGAAACAGCUCAGGGGUGCCGGGAGUUGAGCUGCGGGGUCCCCGCGCUGCUGUCCCCCCCCCAAAAUGUCCUAUUUCACCGAGCACUUCUGGGGCGAGAAGAACCACGGCUUCGACGUGCUCUACCACAACAUGAAGCACGGCCAGAUCUCCACCAAGGAGCUCGCCGACUUCGUCCGGGAGAGGGCUGCCAUCGAGGAGAACUACGCCAAGGCCAUGGUGAAGCUGUCGAAGAUGGCCACCAACGGCACCCAGCUGGGGACUUUCGCUCCUCUGUGGGAGGUUUUCCGCAUCUCCUCGGACAAGCUGGCGCUGUGCCACCUGGAGCUGAUGAAGAAGCUGCACGACCUCAUCAAGGAGAUCUCCCGCUACGGCGAGGAGCAGGGCCGGGUGCACAAGAAGUCCAAGGAGGAGGUGGCAGGGACGCUGGAGGCCGUGCAGCUGCUGCACGGGGUGGCCCAGCUGCUGCCCAAGUCCAAGGAGAGCUACCACAGCAAGUGCCAGGAGUACGAGCGGCUGCGCAGGGAGGGCACCAGCCAGAAGGAGAUCGACAAGGCGGAGCUGAAGUCGCGGAAGGCGGGCGAGGCUCUGCGGAGGGCGGUGGAGAAAUACAACAGUGCCCGCGCCGACUUCGAGCAGCGCAUGCUGGACUCGGCCAUGCGCUUCCAGGAGGUGGAGGAAGCUCACCUGCGGCACAUGAAGGGGCUCAUCGGCUCCUACUCCCACUCUGUGGAGGACACCCACGUCCAGAUCGGCCAGGUCCACGAGGAGUUCAAGCAGAACGUGGAGAACAUCGGCACGGAGAUGCUGCUGCGGAGGUUUGCCGAGAGCAAGGGCACGGGGAGAGAGCGGCCAGGGGCGCUGGAUUUCGACGAGUACCGGCUGGCUCCGGCGCAGGAAGGAGCCAGGAGGAGCCGCAGCAAAGCGUUCCGGAUCCCGGGGCUGAGCCGCAGGGAGCGGGAGCGGGACGCUGUGGAAUCUCCGGAUAACGACCUGGGCUGCCCGGAGGUGGACGAGGACGGAUUCACCGUGCGGCCGGACACGGCCCGGAGCGAGGCGGAGACCGCGGGCUGUUCCUCCAGCGACUCCGACUACGACGAGGAGGAGCCGCGCAAGUUCCUGGUGCACAUCAAACCGGCGGCGCCGCGGGACGCGCCCGGCAGCGCCCAGGCCAGCGUGGAGCAGCUCAAGGCCACCGUGGGCAACCUGAUCCUGGCCCCCGGCCUCGGGGGCACCGUCAGGAGGCAGGCGUCCCGACACGCGGCGUCCCUGACCCCAGCCUGCAGUGACCCAGACCCCGAGGGGACACUGGCGGCGGGUGACAGCACGGGGAGGGGUCUCCCAGCAGCGCAGGUGAACAGCGCCCCCCUGAAGCCCCCCCAGGACUCGCUGCCCUCUGCCGCUCUCUUCGGUCCCCCCCUGGAGUCGGCGUUCGAAUCGGAGGAAUUCCCGGCCCCCCGCCCCUACGCGCUCACCUCCUCCUCGUCGCCCUUCUCCUCCUCGUCCCCGGAGAACGUGGAGGACUCGGGGCUGGACUCGCCCUCCCACCCCGCGCCCGGACCCUCCCCGGAUUCCCGGCCCUGGACCCCUCAGAGCCCCCCCAAACCGGACCCCAGCAGCGCCCCCGAGCCCCCCAACUUCGCCGCCGCCGCCGCCGAGGGGCUCUGGGGGGACGCGGGGGUCGCGCCGCGGGGUCGCGGCGGCGGCGCCCCCAGAGCAGCGCCCUCGCCGGAUCCUUUCGGGGAGCAGCCCCCCCCGGCGCGGCCUUCCUCCAACUCGGCCUCCUCCUCAUCCUCCUCGCCCGCCCCCCCGAGCGGGGGCGAGUCCUGCAGCCCCUCGCCCUGGGGGUGCCCCGGGGCGGGCGCGGCGGGGACCCCCCCCCUGCAGCCGGAGCCGGAUUCCGCCCCCCCCUGGCCCAGCGCUGCCCCCCGGGACGUUCCUCUGGUGGCGCCCCCGCGCCGCUCCCGCACCAAGCGGCCGCCGGCCGCGGGCAGCAACAGCGACCUGUCGCGCUCGCUGAGCCCCUCGCCCUCCUGGAGCUGCGGCCCCUCGCACUCGGCGCCCGCCAGCCUGAGCGAGCGCGGCUUCUUCACCGCGGCCCCGCCCGCGCUCGGGCUGUCGCGCGGUCCCAGCCCCGUGGUGCUGGGCUCGCAGGACGCGCUGCCCGUGGCCACCGCCUUCACCGAGUACGUGCACGCCUAUUUCAAGGGGCGCGACGCCGACAGCAGCUGCCUGGUGAAGGUGACGGGGGAGCUGACGAUGUCGUUCCCCGCGGGGAUCGUGCGGGUGUUCGGGGGCAGCGCGGCGCCGCCCGUGCUCAGCUUCCGCCUGCUGAACGCCGCGGCCAUCGAGCAGUUCCUGCCCAACGGGGAGCUGCUCUACAGCGACCCCUCCCAGAGCGACCCCAGCACCAAGGACUUCUGGCUGAACAUGGCAGCGCUGACCGGGCACCUGCAGAAACAGGCGGAGCAGAGCCCGGCCGCCUCCUACUACAACGUGGCUCUGCUCAAGUACCAGUUCUCGCGGCUGGGGCCCGGCUCGGCGCCGCUGCGGCUGUGCGUGCGCUGGGACUGCUCGCCCGGGGCCACGCGGGUCAGUGUGGAGUACGGCUACAACGGGGCCGCGCUGGCGCUGCCCGUGCCGCUCGCCAACGUGCACGUGCUGCUGCCGCUGGAGGAGCCGCUCAGCAACCUGCGGCUGCAGCCCGCGGCCAGCUGGAACCUGGAGGAGAAGCGGCUGCUCUGGAAGCUGCUGGACGUGCCGGGCGCCGCGGGGCAGGCAGGCUGCGGGCGGCUCUCGGCCAGCUGGGAGCCGCUGGGAGGGCCCAGUAAACCCAGUCCCGUGGCCGCCCAGUUCAGCAGCGAGGGCUCCACGCUGUCCGGGGUGGAGGUGGAGCUGGCGGGCGCCGGGUACCGAAUGUCGCUGGUCAAGAAGAGAUUCGCGACAGGGAUUUACCUGGCGGGGUCCUGAGCGGCUCCGGGACCCCCCGAGCCCCCCGCGGCUCCUCCCGCGGUUUGUGAAUUUGGAAACCCUGGCUGGGGGCGGGCUGGGGAGGGGGCGCCGCCUCCUCCUGCCCCUCCUCCUGUCGCUGUCGCUGUCGCUGUCGCUGUCGCGCCCUCUCCUGCUCCCCGCCCUCCCCCCGUGCUGUGAAGGGAGCAGGAGCUGCUCUUUUAUUAAACUUUAUUUUCUAAUAAAUUCGCC